UUUGGGCCCGGCAGAAUGGCUCCAGCGAAAAAGGGUGGCGAGAAGGACCCUUCUGCCAUCAGCGAGGUGGUGACCCGGGAGUACACCAUCAACAUCCACAAGCGCAUCCAUGGCAUGGGCUUCAAGAAGCGUGCUCCUCAAGCACUCAAAGAAAUCUGGAAAUUUGCCAUGAAGGGUUUGGGAACCCCAGACAUUCGCAUCGAUACCAGGCUCGAUAGAGCCGCAUGGGCCAAAGGAAUAAGGAAUGUUCCGUACCACCGUAUCCGUGUACAUUUGUCCAGAAAAUGUAACGAGGAUGAGGACUCACCAAACAAGCUGUAUACAUUGGUAACCAACGUGCCUGUUACCACAUUCAAAAAUCUACAGAAAGUCAAUGUGGGUGAAAACUAA